AUGACAUAUGUCAACAUUGUUGGUACCAGCAAUACUUUCCCAAUUUCUGGAGCUUGGGUGGAUCACGAAAUGAUAGACAACUAUCUAUGGGUACUUUGCUGUCUGCGCGGUUCUGUCUGGCCAGAUGUUGAUGAUAGCAGCAGCAGCAAAAAAAACAACCACAACAACACAACCACCGCAACACCUCUACUUCCAAGUGUGUUUAUCACUGACAAUGAGAAAGCAUUGAGGAAUGCAAUUACCAAUGCUUUCCCUGAGUGUAAACAGCUGUUGUGCUAUAAGCAAAUUAAGAAUAAUUUCAAGAAGCAGCUAUUGCCAAUGAUGAAGGAAGACGAGGAUGGAGACAAGAGAGGCUUCUUGGAUAAGUUAGCCGGUCAUCUUGACCAAAUUGUGUUGAAGUGCACCAUUUCCGAAGAAGAGAAAAAAGAGAUUGAUGCAUAUCUCAGGUUUGCAAAAGACAAUUGUAAAGAUCAAGGAAAAAGUGCGAAAGCUUUUCUUGAGAGAAAAAUGCAUGACAAAGAGAACUGGGUAAACACCUAUGUUUUUAAACAUCCUCACUUUGGAAAUCGCACUUCCAACCGUGCAGAAAGUGCACAUGCUUCUCUGAAGCAUGCCCUUGGAACUUCUUCCGGUAAACUGAAGACAGUUACCAUGAAAAUUGUCAAGUGUUAUGAAGCGUUGCGCAGAUUGACAACGGAGUGUCUCGGAGAGAGCACUACCGUUGUGUUUGAUAAAAUCAAUUCUUCCAGGCUGAAUGAUAUUUGCCACAAAAUUUGUCGUUUUGCAAUGGACCACAUCAAACUUGAACUUGCCAAAUCAAUUAUACCUGAAAAACUCACAAAAGAGUGCGAAUGUCUUAUUAACUACAACUAUCUCUUGCCCUGCUACCAUCAACUUGCGCAGUAUAAAAAAAUCUCAAUUUCUUGCAUUCCCAGACGAUAG